GCCCCACUGCUGUCAGUCACAGUGCAUACGCGACCAUCGGUGGCCAACAACGCGACCAACGACGCGACCAGCGACGCCGCCGGCAGGAGCAGCCACCAUGGACACCGGCUACCUCGCCCAGCAGGUCACCACCAUCAUCGGCCAGCUGCACGGCCUGUUCGACGAGAUUGGCGUGCCCGGCCAUGAGCGCGACUCGCGCGAGGCAGAGCUCUUCUCUGCGCUGUCGGAAACCCUCCACGGCCAGCUGCGCACCGUCACCAAUGAGAAGCACGAGAUGACCGAAGAGGCGCAUCGCCUGAUCAAGACGAUCAAGCAGAUGGAGGCCUCGAUGAGCGACAGCAGGAGCAGCGCUAAAUACGACGACGACGAGCCGCAGGUCACGUUCCCGUUGACGCGCUGUCUGAAGGCGCUCAAGGCCAAGUACAACACACUCGCGAAGCAGCACCGCGAGCGCUCCGAGAACGUGCAGAAACUUGCUGAGGCGCUCGAGUCGUACGCGUCGCACCUCGAGCCCGACUUCGUCAAGAUCAAGCUGCCCCCCACGGCGCCAGAUGGGACUAUCCCACCCUCCUUCGACAUAUCAGCCUCUUACACAGCCAAGCUGGAUGCUGAAUUUACCCGCGUAUACGAGGAAUACACAAAGCGCCGCAGCCAGGUUCAGGUUCUGUGCCAGGAGAUUAUCCAGCUCUGGGCUGAGCUCGGCACACCACAGGCGCAAACAGACUCGGCAAUCGUCGAGAACCACCGCGAUGCGCCAGAGCAGCUGGGUCUGCACGCAGAAGACUUGGGCGUGCUCAAGACCAGGAAGGAGCGUCUGAUUGAGGAGAAGCAUGGUCGGGAACGGCGCAUUGCGCAGCUGCGAGCGACUAUCGAAGAACUGUGGGAGCGUCUCAGUGUGGAUCCCAGCGAGCAGAAGCACUUUCUCGCCAGCAACCGCGGUUGCGGUCUGCGCACAGUCAACGAAUUCGAGGACGAGCUUUCGAGGCUGAAUGAGCUCAAGCGCCAAAAUCUGCACAUUUUUGUCGAAGAGGCGCGUCUAAAACUACAAGAGCUAUGGGAUGCACUGUACUUCUCGGAGGAAGAGAUGCUAGACUUUACCCCUGCCUUCUCUGAAGUCUGCAGCGAUGCACUUUUGUCUGCACACGAGGCGGAGAUCUCACGCCUGGAAUCGCUCAAGGAACAACGCCUGCCUAUUCUUUCAAAGAUCGACCGGCACCGCGAGCUCAUCAAGGAGCGCUCUGAUCUCCAGCAAUCCAGCCAGGACGCCUCUCGACUGAUGGGCCGAGGUCAGAAGGGCGAGAAGAGAGAUCCUGGAAAGCUGCUGCGCGAGGAGAAGAUGCGCAAACGCAUUGCAAAGGAGUUGCCCAAGGUUGAGGCAGAGCUCAGAGCGACGCUCGAAGCCUACGAAGACGAGUGGGGUCGGCCGUUCCUUGUUCAUGGCGAACGGUACCUGGACGAACUCUACGCUGCUUCUCAGCCUCGACCGCGGUCGAAGACACCGUCCAGCGCGAGCACGUCCAGCACGAACAUGCCCUCAAAACAGGGGACACUCACCAAGUCCAAUUCUUUCGCUCGCCCUCGCGCUGGCACGAUUCACGGGCAGACGACUCACGGGCAAACAAACCAUCGCCAGACAAUGCAUGAGCCACCCAGCCGGGUCAAGACGCCUGUAUCAGUCAACUUUGGCGCGAGCACCAUGCGAGGCAAUCCUUUUGCGCAGUCGGUCUCUGCGGCGUCUGGCUCGAAGAGUCCCUCCAAGCUACCAACACGCGCUGCACCAAAAGUCAUGGGUUCGCCCGAGCGACGGCCUGGCACUCUUCAUCGAACCGACUCCACACUGUCCCGAGCUGAAUCGACGCAUUCAACCCACUCGCGAGGUGACUCGAUACUCUCCACAGCGUCGUCAUUGCACUCGAGAGCUGACUCGCAGUCGUCGACGAUGCGAAGGAUGGGUCCUCCGAUGGCCCCACCCCCACGUAUGAAAGACCUGUUUAUUCCCCCGGACCCUGCUGAGACGCCCCGAAAUCGGUUCGAGUUCAAUCGCGGUGAGCGCAGCGAGAGUAUCGUUCGUAGCAUACCGCCAGAGGAUCCGUACAAUGACCGAUUCAGCCAAACUAUGCGACCUGGCUACCCUGUAUCGUCGCAAGCGCACGCGCCGAAUCAUUCUCUGUCGUCAUCAGACAGCAGUCGGCACAUCUCGCAGGCGUCAUCAACAGGCUCUGGGCAGGCAGCGUCCGAAAACUGGGAAACCUUCAGUGAACAGUCUGACGAUGCGCCUGAGAGUGAUGUCGACUUCCAGACCUACCGUCGCAGCCAGGUGAAGCGUCCCACGCCUGAUCACGCAGCCACGCCGCGCCCAAUCCAAGGCAAGAAGGUCAGAGGCAUCCGCAAUGUGGCCGAUGGCAGCACGACGAUGGAUCAGGACGGUCGCAUGGUGCGCUGCAGCGAAGCCGGCUGGACAGACGAUGGUAGCGUGUAUUGAAGCGUCGCUGGGCUGACAUUUUUCGACAUUCCAAACAAAAUUCUCGACAUUCCCGCUCGGCGCAUUUCGCGGGAAUCCUUUGACAGUCGGCACCACCACAUGUCGGCUAUCUGGCAUGUCAUUCGACG